GGUACUUGAGAUGUGUUGAAUCGUUGAUACAGUGCAACGCGGAAGAAAUGAAACCUAGUAAAGCUGUCAUCGUUCCCGGCAACGGAGCUGGAAGCGUAGAGCACUGUAACUGGUAUGGAUGGGCCAAAAAACAGAUAGAUAAGAUUGCAGGUAUGAGCUGUCUGCUCAGAAACAUGCCAGACCCUGUGACAGCCAGAGAGAGCAUCUGGCUGCCGUUUAUGGAGAAAGAGCUGCAAUGCGAUGAAAAGACAAUAAUCAUUGGCCACAGUUCAGGGGCUGCAGCUGCGAUGAGGUAUGCAGAAGUGCACAAGGUGUACGCGAUUGUGCUGGUAGGCGCUUAUACCUCCGACCUGGGUGAUGAAAAUGAAAAAGAGAGUGGGUAUUUCAGUCGGCCGUGGCAGUGGGACAGGAUCCGGAGUAACUGUGGGCACAUCGUUCAGUUUGGCUCCAUGGAUGACCCCUUCCUGCCAUGGAGUGAGCAGCAGCAGGUGACUGAGAGUCUGCAGGCGCAGCUGUACGAGUACACGGACCGUGGGCACUUCCAGAACACGCAGUUCCCGGAGCUGGUCCGUGUCGUGCGGGAGAUGGCGGAGAGCGGCUGAGUGGCAGCUGUCUGCAUGAUACAUUCCCGCUGUCUGGGUGUCACUGGCAGUACAGUGAGACAGGUCAUCAUGAAUGUGAAUAAAACCAUUGCAGGAU